GAUCCUGAGUAAAUAUGUUCCUUGCUCUGUAGUCUGUACCUUAGAAAAUAACAAAAUGAUGACGCAAAAUGUUGUACUGAUAAAUUCCCAAAUAAUUUAAACGCAAAUUGUUUAGUGAAGAAGUGUGGCAGUAAUUUAUACGAUUAAUUACUUUUUACUGAUAUUUAGUUUUUCGUGUUGUGUAUAUAUUUUUCUAAAGAAGGAUUUUCGCAAAGUUAAAACAUGGCUCGAUUUUUACUAUCGCUUUGUUUUAUAUUUAUUUUUGAUAAAGUUUCCGGCUUAAAAUUGUCACUCACAAGCAAUGGCCCAGCGGUGCGAGGAUCCAAUGUAACAUUCACAGCUGUAGUCACUGGUUUUAAUGGAGAGAACUUGAAGUUUGUCUACUGGGAUGAUGCCCAGCCACAACAUACUGCUGAGUUUAUUGAAAGCUCAAACAUAUCGCAUUGGGUAGUGGAAUACCAUAAAGAUCUGUACGAAGCUCAGAACUACACUGUGAAAGUAAACCUAAUGAAGAGUUUUUAUGGCAUUUGGUACUUGGUAACAACUGCAAGCACUGUCUUUGAAUUAACAGAUUCCCUGAAUGGUAAUUUAGUGCUCAACCAGAAUAAUUUGGACCGGCCCAACAGAUUUGUAGCAGUCAAUAAACCUGUGCACCAUUACGUAAAACUUCCGGACAACGAGAUCGAGUUUCUAAAACAAAAUUCCUCAAUAAUAAUUACAUAUUGGUUCAUUGAUUGUAUGUACGUAGACCAAACGAGUGAUUACUCAUUGAACUACACGUAUCCAGAUGUAAUGACUGACCACUAUAUCGAUGCGUUGGUUGUUGCUAAUAAUCAACCGCUGCCGCCGAUCACGACGACUACAACAACAACCACGACCACAACAACAACGACAACCACCACUACCACGACAACAACAUCGACUACAACAACAACGCCCAAACCAACGACAAGUGCUCCAACAACAACAACAACAGCAGCGAAAGAUAAUGUGACCACCAGUGAACCGCAUAGUGUAGUGAAAAGAGCAGCAUCGAACAAAACCUUGAAGAAGAAUACCGCAAUCAAAGACUUUAUAUGCCAGAAUUCGAGCAUCGUGCCCAUUGGGGAAACCUAUACAUACGGACAUUACCAACAAAGUAUUAGUGUGAGAGAACCCAUAUCAUCUCUCAACAUAUCGGGCCUGAACUGGCUCCAACAUGGCGAUCUAUUAAAACUGCAAGUGAAGUACACCGGCUCGCCGCCAUUCGACUAUUGUGCACUGUACAUACCGGGCCAGUACAACGUGACUGGCAACGAGACGUGCACAAUGAAAACAACGACUGUGUCGAACAUGUUCCCACUUGUGCACUACUUCUCUGACAGCGACCAGCACACUGUAGUCGUUGUGCUAGAGAAUGACAUCGGGAGGACUGUGUCUAGAGCAACUAUUAACAUUUAUAAAGCAUUGGUCCACGCACAGCUGUCAGUCAUCGUGGUACCUGUUGCUUUCUGCCUCGUCGCCGUCACCCUUGUGGUAUUUGGCAUCGCUUACUAUCAGCAUCGCUCGAGGCACACAAUCGAAGUGGCGGACUUCGAUUUCGGUCAGCAACUGAACCUGGAUUACAAAACGUUCACCGAACGUCUCAGGGACAGUUUUCGGAAUGCUGUGAACUUUACACAUCGCGACGACACCGAACCACUCACUUCGGACACUCGAUACGACUAUAUGACAUAAGUAUGAUAUAGUUUUACAUAUAUUCUAUGGUGUAUAUGUCUUACGAAAUCCUAAGUUGCUUGGCGAUUCGCAAAAGUGGGAAUUUGUUUAAUUACAAGUCAUGGCUUCCAGUCGUAAGAAACCGGGGCGCGGCGUAUAGUUACUAACCACUUACAAAAUAAACCACGUCAUUAAUAGGGUAGUUGGCUCAUUUCAUUUCGUAUAGUACUUGGAAUAAGGGUCCGAAAUAUUAAUUAGUAUAAGUUAAGGGUUUCAUAAAAAAGUUAAUUUAAAAAAAUAUGUAUUUUUUAAAAUUUUUCCAUGCGUCAAAAACGUUGUCGUUCAUUUUGUGACGUCUCGAUGUUACUUCGUCAUUAGAGGUAUAAACGGCAAAUUAACGCACGUCCAAUAAGUUUAGCUUUAGUGUGACGUCAUGACAUAGACAAAAUAUAGACCAUCAUGGCUGAUAACGUUCUGUCUUAAAAAUCAAACUAAAAAAAUAUUUAAAAAUUAUUUUUUUUAUGUAUUCAAUUUUUAUGUCUCAAGAUAUAUGUUUUCAAUCUAGUAGAACGAUAAUGAAUAAUUUAAGACCCUUUUGAAAAAAGUGUCAACUAGCCUAUUAUGCUAUGCUAUAACUAUGAAUGUACUUUUCUAUGUAGGUAUAAAUCGCGCCAAACUUCUAAUCCGCUCUGAACGGGGUUAUUUACCUGCCCAGUUGGGCUUGUUGCAACUUCAGAGCGGACUAGAAGAUUAGCAUGGAACAUAAAUAUCUUUUAUAUCUAAAGUAAAUAAAUAACGCUAAAAAGUUUCUCUUUAUGUUUGACAAUAUUUAAUAUUUAUUUAAUUUAUUACUGUAAAUGAAACAUGUAUAACUAGAUUUUGUCCGUGACUUCACGUGCAAUUCUGUCUAAGGAAGAUGCCUCAUUACUGCGUUGCGUAGCGUCUUCGCAACGCAAUAGAUUACGACCUGUCAGUCUCAACAAUAUAUCGGAAUAAAUGAAACACUAUGAAAUAAAUGAAAUAUCGCUGCGAUGAAGCAACGCUUUAAUGUGGCAUGUCAUCUAAGAUAUAUGGAAAACGACGCAGCGUUGACGUCCCAACAGAGGGCCUAGUGGCAGUUUGAUACUGUUACUAUCACGUUAACGUAAACGCGAAUUUCUAAGGAAUUGAACAAUUGUUUCAAUUCCAUAUAAAUUUGUGUUUACGUCUACGCGAUAGUAACAGUAUGAAAAUAUUGAAAACUCUCACUAGGCACACGGAACACAACGCACUAAAGUGUUUUUCAAAAUAGCAUGGGCACAGUGACAGUCGCCUGUAUGACAUUCAUAAUACGUACUAUUAUCGUGAAUCGUGUCAAACUUUCAUGAGUGAAACGACUGUAACCCGCACCAUCUUUCAUGAAACGAACCGUAAUAGGGCUAAGCUCUAAUACAACAAUGGCUUUUUCCACAUGUCCGAUCUCAAUGAAAUAAUGCUUAAAUAUAUUAUUACAAGGUAAGCUUAAUUUACCUGUAGAAGCGCUUGAAAAUUAAUUAAGAACCUUGGAAAUAGUGUGAACAAAGAUACAGACAGACAGAUAAAUUAAAAAAAGUGUUCCAGCUCUGACGCACGAAUGGAGUUUACUCUUUCAGAUCCACUGUCUAAAUAGGUAUAUGUAUGUCUCGAUACCUACACCUGUAAAGUGAAAGGUGCGCAAUCUAGGAGCAGCAGGCCGCGGCGUGCGCGCCUGCCAACUGCUUGCACGGUGAAAGGUGCGCAGAAUAGGUUGCGCACAUAAACGUAACGCUGUCAUUCGUUCAUCGAAUUUUACUGUCUAUAUUUUUUUCAUAUCGGGGGCUAUAUAUGAAAAAUCAAUUCUUAAGGAGUAAACUCCAAAAAUAAAUUAUUUUAGGGUCAGAUAUGUCUUGGUAUGUUAUGGUAUGUAGAUUUAUCUUUAGUGUAAAUAUGUAUAGCCACAUAACAAUUAAAUAAUCUUGAUUAACGUAAUGAAAUCAUUCCAAUAUUACCUGAUAAUGAGAUUUAUUUUAAUUUUUUGCUUGAUUUGCGGUACGAGGUUUUUUGACCUCAUACUAAAACUGUGAGGUGAGGUACGAGGCCCAUCGACCUCGUAUCUUUUGAAGUCACUAGACGUACGAGGUCAAUUGACCUCGUACCGCAGCGAACGUGUUAAUACUGUUUACUUUGACCAUUAUUUUUUUUACUUCCUUUUCAACAAAGUUUAAUUGUUUCACACACUUUCACAAUAGCAGCUAUUAUUUAUUAUUAAGUCCAUCUCCUCAUCGUAGUUCCUACAUUAUUACAUUUAGCACUUAGCGCAAGCGUAUAAAGGGGAAAGCCCGUCCCCGGGCUAUGCCUUCCCUAACCACCCGGCAAUUUACUUAUAUCUAAAAAAAAAUUUUGAUAAUUUUACUUUAAUAAUGAAUUCAUAACAUUAUCAAAAAAAAGUUUGCUAUAACACUUUAUGACAUUUUUAAUUCAUCUUUAAUUUGUCUACAACGAGGACAGGCUAAGAUCGUUGACAGUCUGAGUUUCAUGAUUUUUUUUGAAGACUUUUGAUUAGUUUGUUUGUUUUCUUGUUGGUAACAGAAAAAAUAAUACAAAAAACAUUGUACAGCUUCAAAUGUUACUUUGCCGCUUUGGUACAUCGGCAAACAUUCUUUCAAGAAACUUUCAUUUUUCUUCAAGAGACAUACUUUUAAUAAGCCAAUUAAAUAACCAGAUCCUUAUCUAUACAUCAUAUUAUCAUCUCUAUGUACUUUUAUACGGGGGUAUACCUGGGUUCCCUAGGCCGAUGUUGUAUGGGCCGGUGGGCAAUUUCCUUUAUCCUUAAGAUUUUUUUGUCAUCAGUAGAUUAUGUAUAUAAUAAAAAAAAUAUUGUUAUUCUUAUAUCAGCAACAUAGUAAUUAUUUCAGGCGCCUUUUUAGAUACCAGUCUAAGUUAACGCUUAUUUGUGUAUGAAGAUUUUUGUAAAAUUGCUUAAUGCUAGCCACUCACCAUUCGAUCGCGAUGUGCCUGACGACAUGCACAUCGCGACCAACACACGAUCACUUUUCUCGGCUAUCAAGGCUUUGGCGCUGCAGGCAUGUUGGCGUACUUGAUCGUCUGUGGCUGACAUUAAGCAUCAUAGCCAAUCACGUCAUCUAUCAUUUAUAAUGUAUAGAAAUAUUAUUUUAAUUUGUUCGAAACGUUUACUAUCAAAGGAAAUUAUGUAGUAAUUUUUUUAUUUAUAUUGUAUCUAUGUGUGGGCAUGAACACAAACUUUACAUACGCAAAUAAAUGACGUAACACAUUCUGUAACCGCUAUUUUGAAUUAACUUUUUUAAUUGCGCGGAAAAUAAUAGUAUUACUUAUAUUGAAGGAUUUAAAAGAUAUGAAUGUUAUUAUUUAGUAUGUAGAUUGUAAAAUUGAACGGCCAAAUUAUAGUUACUAUUUAUAAGUGUGCACGUAAAAAUAUACCUACUGGAUGUGCAAAUUUGGAGUUUUUGUACUUUCGAUUAAUUUUUGAAUUCGCAUCUUUGUGCACACAUACAUAAAUAACUGUUUAAAACAUUUAAUUUUGUAGAGCCGAAGUUUGUAAUGAAAUUGUAAGUAAAUCAAAAUUACAAUUAGCGAUCUCUGUUUGUAUCUGUCCCAGUAAAUUAGGUAUAGUAUGCUAUAGGACAUCUUUAUCAUGCAUGUGUAAUUAAAACGAAGCUUUAUUUUAGGUAUUAUGUAAAUAAGCUUAAAGGCGGAUUUUUCAUUUGUCUGACGUGUCGUGUUGUGACGCAUCAGAACAGAAUCGGUUUUAUACAUUUUGCAUGCGACGCGUCAGAAGCCAUCAUGACAUGUCACAACACAUAAGUGUAAACGACACGUUACCAUACAAAAUGUAUGAUACCGAUUCUGUUCUGAAGCGUCACGACACGACACGUCAGACAAAUAUAAAUCCAGCUUUAUUCUAGACUGACACGUGACGGUGAUAUAAGGCACUGUGCACACGUGGACACUUUCGUUACCGACACGGCAAUUGGACACAGAUACUGAUUUCUUCUGCAUAAUACUAUGGAACAUUGAUAGAAUAUUAUUUGCUUGUCUAUGGAUCAGACGCGUGUGUAGUUUUUUGUGAGUUGCGGAAUAAUUUUUCUGUAUAUAAAAUGACAAUGAUCUGGAAAUUGGUAAUGAAAUUUUGAAGCGUCUAACGUAAAUUAUGUCAGUUUAAUAUUUUUUAUUAUUUUUUCUAUUUUUGUCUAUGGCCUAUUGAAGUGAUAACUAAAAUAAAAUCUCACUAAUUUUUGUUUGUCGGCUGUUAUUUCUCAUGUUUACGUAUGUGCUGCGCCUUAUUAACGCAUUUCUUGUUUCAUUAUAAGAUUAUAAAUAUAUUUAUCUUUUGUUUGUUUUUAUGUAAUUAACUUAUAUAAAAGGUGUUACCGCACCUGGACUGAUGGGGGCACGAAUAGCAGCUAAAAAAUAACUAACUACCCCCUUUUGAUGAGCUAUUCUGGGCAUUACUUUGUAUCAUGUUGAAUGUUUUAGUCUAUACUUACUUUAUUUUACCAAAUUUAAACUCUCUUACAGAACAAUAGGCUACUUGCCUCUUUUGUAAACAAUGUUUAAACUGAAUUAUGGAAGUAUUAUAAGCUAUAUUUCAUUUUGUCCCGUCAAUAAUAACCAGUAAAAAAUUCAAUAUAAAUUAAAAAAUAUCUACGUAAAAUUUUUGCCGCCGAAACACAACACAUUAGCAAGUGUCGUCAUUCAUAGAGAUAACAGCGUGAUUGGCGUUUGCAGUAAUGUGAUAUGUCACGUCACCGCAAGCGCCAAUCACAAACCGGUGCCUUGUAGCGAAUGACGUCACAGUCUAUGAUUGGCGUUUGCGGUGACGUGAUAAAAAUACAAUUUUGUUUUAUAAAAAUAUUACAAUUACGAGAUUAUUUUCACAAAUAAAAAUGUGAUUAGAGUUUCUAGGCAUCUAAACUGCCUUAUGCAAAAAAACUUCUUAGUUUUAUACAGCAGGCGAGUAGCCUAUUGAAAUUGUGAAAAUGUUUUAAUGCUAUUUGAAAUUACUUAGUAGUUAGUUGCAAAUUAUAUAAUAUAAAUGAUUUGCUCGUAUGUAGUAUGGUAUACUUGUUACUAUAAUAAGGUCAAGAUAUGUGAAGGACCAAGAUCAAGUAUUAUGAUGAUGAUUUAAAAAAACUUGAUAACAGAGCAAAUCGUUUAAGAUCUUUUCAUAUUCAUUAGCAGCAAAUGCAUUAGAAUAUAUUUUAUUUGUCACACAAGUUACAUAUACCGUCAACUCGGCAGUGCUUUGAAAGUGAAAAACAAUAUCAAAACCAUAGCCAUAAUCACAUUUUGAUAUUUUAUUUAUUUUUCACAUCCCUAAGCACGCUGCAGACUUGACGGCAAACAUGAUCGUAUGUGGCUGGCGUUAGUGACAAAAUGAGCUAUAAAUGAUUUUCUUUACGUUCGUUUACCUAAUCAUAAUCUCGAUUUAGUCCAAUUCUCGUUUCGGAGUGCGGGUUAUUGAUGACUUCCUACAAUUAAUUACUUGCAAGGAUUUUUUUGGUUAUAGUAGCUUUCUGUUUAACCUAUAAAUCAAUUUUAUUUAACCUUUAAAGAAUGCUAUCAAAAGUAUUAUACUACGAUCUUACAUCUGAUCUUGUAUGUGAUCUUGAAUUGUGAUAUAGAAACUUUUUAUUCAACUAAAACAGUUGAGUCAAACGAUUUUUUUUAUUAAAAUUAGUUUUGAAAAUUGCAAAUUUUUCAAUCGUUUGUCAUUUUUACACGCUUUAUAUUAGCUUCACUUGUAACUAUGUAUGUAAGAAAAUUUUGGAAUCUUAAUUUGACCCACUUCCCGGUCUUCGAUUAAGAUGAAAUUUUGCACACGCUCUGAGUUCUGAUGACAAUACAUGACUAGCUAAGAAAAGUCAUUACAAAUCUUAUAUGGCGGCCUCCGUAAGAUUGUUUUUUUUUAUUUAAAGUUAUUAUUCUGUUAGACGAAAUGAGAAUUGGACCAAUACUCUGAUUAAAUCACUUUUAUUUGACACCGAUUCCCAUACGAUGCAAAUAUAAACAUUUUACAAAGUGAUCAGUCAUGUUUUGUGAUAAUAUAAUAGUUUAUUGAAUAGAUGUACUGUAUAUUUAUAAAUUAGUUCUGAAAUAUAAUUAUAUUAUAACGAUAAUAAUAAUAUCUGUAUAUUAGAAGCAGAGAGAGUUGAGGAUGUUUUUAUCAUUCACAUUCCUUCAAAUUCUGGAUUGUCAAAUCCAUGAUUUGAAGGAAUGUGAAUAAAUUGAUUUAUUGUUAUUAUUUUGAAGUUUAAAAAAUACCAAAAUUUUUUUUAAGGUUAAUAUGAUAUUGGAAGAAUUAUUUAAUUAAUUUUUCAUUGAUAAUUUUCUAGUCUUAAUAUAGCAUUAAUUUUGGGAGAAACAAUUAUUAUUAUUAUAUUGUAAAUAUGGAUUUAGAUAUACAUAUAACAUUAUUUUAAAUUCUACAAAUAUUAUUAAAACACGUGAUGUGUAUAUCAGCUGGACAAACGAACCUUUGACCUCUUUAUCUCGUAAACAAGUCUCCAUGCCUCUAAAGUACAGAACGUUUGUAUAAUAUUGGUAGUUAUAAUAAAGUGUUACUUGAAA